AUGGCCGUGGCAUUACUGCACUGGCUUCUCCGGCCAUCAAUCUUUCUUCUCUUUUCAUUAAUCUUCAUGAUCACAUCGUUUAGAGUUGCGUUUUCGAAGCCGGAAUCCGACGCGUUGUUGAGGCUCAAGGAUUCCUUCACAAACGCACAUGGACUUAAAUCCUGGCGGCAAGACAACCCGCCGUGUAAUGGGCCAGGAGAGCAAUGGAAGGGCGUAGCUUGUUUUGAGGGCAGUGUCACGGGUAUUCAGAUUAAUAAUUUGGGAUUGGGAGGCAAGAUUGAUAUUGAUGCCUUGGUUGAGCUUCCUGAUCUUCGUACUAUUAGUCUUGUUAACAAUUCCUUCUCUGGUGAGUUACCGGCAUUUGAUCGUUUAAGUAAUUUGCGGGCGAUUUACUUGUCGAUGAACCAGUUUUCGGGUGAGAUAUCAAGGGAUUAUUUUGAUAAAAUGGAUGGAUUGAGAAAAGUUUGGCUUUCAGAUAAUAACUUUACAGGCCAUAUUCCUGGAUCGUUGUUUCAAUUGUCUCAUAUUGCUGAGUUACAUCUUGAGAACAAUCAAUUUGAUGGGACUAUUCCAUCAUUUGAGCUACCAUCUUUGACGCAGCUUGAUCUAUCGAAUAAUAAAUUGAAAGGGGAGGUUCCGCAUAGUUUGGCAAGAUUCAAUGCGAGUUCUUUUUCAGGAAAUGCAGGACUUUGUGGGAAAAAAUUGGGAGUGGAUUGUAAAAAGAAAUCUAGUAAUGAGAAGACAUCGCCGCCGCCACCGGAGACAGAGAAUUCGAAGCCAAUCGUGUCGGCAAUGAAGAGUAGUCCUGAGCCUCCUGAUGGAAAGGAAGACAAGAAAAAGAUUGUUGCUGCAGCAAUUACAUUAAGUGUGAUGUUUAUUUCAAUUGCAGUUGUGUUUAUACUGAAAUGGAGGAGGAAAGAAAAGGAAUUUGAUGUGCUUGAAAAGGACACUGGGAGUGUUCAGGCAGUUGAGGUCCAGGUUUCUGUGUCAACUAGAAAGGACUUAGAACUGAGCAGAAAGCCAGGAUCAAGUCGAAAAGCGGGUGGUCACUCGAGGAGCAACAGUCAUGGUGGUCAAGUGAAGACUGGCGGCGUAGGGGAGCUAGUGAUGGUGAAUGAUGAAAAGGGUGUAUUUGGUUUGCCUGAUUUGAUGAAGGCAGCUGCAGAAGUGCUCGGAAAUGGAGGAUUGGGGUCGUCUUACAAGGCGCUGAUCGCUAAUGGGGUUAGUGUGGUAGUGAAGAGGAUGAGAGAAAUGAAUGCCAUGGGAAAAGAAGGAUUUGAAGCAGAGAUUAAAAAGCUUGGAAUGUUAAAACACUAUAAUGUCUUGACACCUUUGGCUUACCUUUACAGGAAAGACGAGAAACUUUUGGUGUAUGAAUUCAUUCCAAAAGGCAAUUUGCUUUAUCUGUUGCAUGGUGAUCGUGGACCGUCACAUGAUGAACUCAACUGGCCUGCUCGAUUAAAUAUCGUGCAAGGAAUUGCAAGAGGGAUGGGCUAUAUACAUGCUCAACUAUCUUCUCUCGACUUGCCUCAUGGAAAUCUCAAAUCAAGCAACAUCCUUCUAGGCCCUAACAAUGAACCAUUGGUUUCAGAAUAUGGAUUCAGCCCCUUGAUUAAUACUGCAAAUCUUGGACAAGCGAUGUUCGCAUACAAGGCCCCGGAAGUUGUGUCAGCAGGGAAAGUGUCACCAAAAUGUGAUGUAUACUGUCUAGGAGUUGUCAUUCUUGAGAUCCUGACAGGGAAAUUCCCAUCUCAGUAUCUCAGCAAUGGUAAAGGAGGGACAGAUGUGGUACAAUGGGCGGCGUCCGCGACGUCUGAAGGGAGGUUAACAGAAUUGCUUGAUCCAGAGAUUGCAAGUUCAACUAAUUCACUUAAUGAAAUGGAACAACUUCUCCACAUUGGCUCAGCUUGCACCGAAAGCGAUCCCGAGAAGCGCUUAGACAUGACAGAGGCAGUAAGAAGAAUACAGAAAAUAAAAUCAGAGGGAGGAGGCCAAAAGCAUGGAAAUCAACUGGAAAGAAAUGAAUCAGGCAGCUUUAAUAAUCACAUUAUGGGGCGUUAAAAUAGAGAUAAUUUUUUUUUCAUCGGCAUAUCCAAAACAAUUCUGAAGAAAUUCAUGGUGUUCAUGAAGGGAAGAGGGGGAUUUCGGUGCAAUGUUAGAAUUU